AUGGCACAAAUAUCGCACCAUGCGUCGCAAUUGCGCCAGCGCGAUCAACAGCAGCAGGCGUUGUAUCAGCAGUACUUAAACCGCUCGCCAUCGACUCCGCCUGAAGCACAGCCGUCGGUAUCUUCCAUCUUACAGAAUACCACAUCAUUUGGCUCAUCUAUAAGCUCUGCAUCCGGCUUAAGUGUGGGCGGUUCGCGGCCGCGGCCUGGCUCGCUCAUAUUGUCGCCCUCGGGGAUCGACGGUCAGAACGUCAUCAUGCCCGAUCUAAAUGUCGUCCGGAUCUUUGCUGGAGACCAUCUGCAGACCGAAGCGACGUUCAAGACGGUAUUGCUCAAUUCAUCCACUACAGCGUCUGACCUGGUCCGGCAGGCCAUCCAGCGCUUCAGGCUGCCAGCGGGAGAGGAUGAAAAGGAGUAUUAUUUGACCAUCAAGCAGGUCGAAGGCUCGUCCGCAGCGCUGCUCCCUCACGAGAAGCCGCUUGGCUUGUUCGAAUCGCUCGUUGAGGCAGCGAUGGACUUACCGAAAGUGAAGCGCAGCAGUGUCGGAAGUAUCAGCUCCGUGGCAAGCAAUCUGUCUAUGCACCCUGCUAUCAAGAAGCUGCCUAUGAAUGACUUCACGGACGACUCGGCUGUAAAGAUUUAUUUGAACAGGCGAGGUGAUGAAGAGGACGACACGUUCUUGGACUAUGAUGGAGAUGAUACUCUGCAGGCAGAGAGUUUCCAAGGGCAGGAUGGCGAGCUUUCUCCAACCAAGGCAAAGCCGCAAUACCUGAGCGUACUGACUACCAGUCCGAAUGGUGUGACCGCAGAGCGUUUCAGCUCGCCUUCUGUUAGAUUUGCGCUGCAGUUGGCGAUUUAUCCGAACGACCUUCCCGACGACAUGGUAUUUGACCCACUCACGGAGGCGAUCGUGUUUAAGAACACCUUGCGCGAUCGGUCGCACCACAACGUUGCUCCUUCGCCGGGAAUUUCCCAGGCCAUGCGUAAAAAGAUAUUCGCGUUCCCGAAGAACGUCACCGUCGCCGAGGUCAUUGAACUGGGUUUGGAGAGGUUUGGUAUUCUUGAAGGUGUCGUCGACGGCGGUGAUGAAGUCGAGGAUAAGCUCACGAAACGCAGAAGCUCUUCUAGAGUCCGCUAUGGAUUGGCUGUUGAAGUCGGCGGUAAAGAUAGGGAACUUUCGCCAUCUAGCAAAGUUAUCGAUGCAUUCCCUCGUCCUCCCAACUACCGAGCGGUCGAGCGCGGAAACAAGCGCCGGUCUGUGGAUUCAGCUCAAAUGUUACUCGGCACUUCCGACGAUGUUCAAGCGGAUGAUCCGGUGUUCAUUUUACGCCGCGCCAUCACAUACAAGCAGUCAAAUUCGCGCCAUAGGUUGUCAGCUCCACUCGAUGAGAUCGCUCUACAGCACUUGCACCGCGACUCAAACGCAAGCUCGAGCAUUGGAUCUGAUUCCACGACAGGCCCAGUGGAUGAAGUCAAAUCUCAGGCGUCUUCCCAGGCGUCCAAGCAGGCAAUUAUCGCGGCUCAGCGUGCUGCUAGGAGUGCCACACAGCGCGCCAUACUCUCUGCCCAGACAAAUUCUGCUCGCGGACUAGACGUUCUGUUACCUGGGAAUGCCAUGAUCCGUAGCUCUCGGUACGAUGCUGAUAACAAAAUGCGAUAUUCAUACGUCGAGCCCGACGGAGAGACCUACGAUAUCAGCGACAUUGUCGAGAAAGAGUGGCGAAGUGAGGUUGGGCCUCAGUUUGGUCGUGGUAAUCAGGCGUCGGGGGACGACUUGCUGCAUGGUGUUUUAGCUCGUGGUAAGGACGGCUUGGGAGCAAAAUUGGAGCGUGUUCUUAGCAAGAUCAAGCAUGAGAAAAGUACGGGUCGAACGCCUGUCUUGCAGCCAUCUUCCGGUGUCAGAAUGGCCGAAAUAAUAGAAUCCCGAUCAACAACGCCCACUCAAGCGCUCAGCGAGAGGUCAUCCUCCGCUGCCAAUACUACUAACCAGCGAGUUGCCUCGCCUCUUUCUCGUCUCUCCAGCUACAGAACUGCAAGCCCUGGAGACUCAGACACGCGAUCGGAAUCUCGAAGUGUGACCCCCAGUGCUAAUCAACGUCGAGCACCGCCUCAUGAGAGACAGAAUUCCGCUCUUUCAGAGGUGUCUGUGUACAGGACCGCAACUCCUUCCACGCCGACCAACAUGACGGCUCCUCUUUCACACUCUCCAAGACAAUUUCGGGAGACAGCUCCGCGUGUGAUAUUGCCCAAGAAUGACUUUGGCCUGACACAUAUGAUGGGAAUAAUCGAGUGUAGGGCAGCCCAAAACAAAAUACCCGACGUUCCACCGCAGGAUUCGGUGGACGAAAUGCUGUUUGGGAAGCGGUUCGAUACCAGCACCCUUCAUCCACAUAUCAGAGAUAUUUACUCCACAACGUUCAAGCAUCUCGAGGAAAUGGACGAGACACUGGACCAGUUGUUGCGCCUUGCGAUCUAG